UUUCAAGUAGAAGCUUUUAAAAUAUUGUCAAACAAUUCGGCUCCGGUUUUUAUACAUCUACAGGCAACAAACACACUCCUCAACUGACAUAUAUGAAUAAAAUCGCAUAUAUUUUUUAGUAGUUUUAACUUUUGAUCUUUUGAUAGCGGGUACCCUCGAGUGACUGGUACAAUGUUUGCCCCGAAAUCAAAUAAACAAGAAUCCCAUAUCACUCUGAAGGAUGAGGAAUAUGUUUACAGACCGCCUCCAGAGCAACCGAGUGAGUCCCCUCCAGAGGAGCCAGUAAGAAGGAAACGGAGGCGGUCCCCCAAAAAAAAGGCGCCCAAGAAGGCUCCCAAGAAGCCGCCCAAGAAGCCCAAGAAGCCCACGAAGCCGAAAAAAAUUCGCAUUAUGAAGUCCUUUUUCCGCAGCGAGGACAUGGAACUGUGCCAGCUGCUGCUCCACGUGGACAACGCCUUCGACUGCAUCAUGGAGCUGGGACAUCUGGGCAAGGUGCAGUUCAACAACAUCUACGACGAGGACAGGCUGCUGAACAACCUUUACUCCCGAAAGAUGACAACCUGCUACGAGCAGCUGCGGUUGGUGGACAACCUACACCAGCAGAUCAUCCAGAUGCGGGUCAAGGAGAUCUUCUACCCGGACGUCGACAAGGAGAACCGCCUCCUGGAGAAGGAGCUGGCCAUGUACGGGGACCGCCUGCGCCGGCUCUACGUAGAGAGUGCCGCUCUGGUGGAGCACUCCCACCGACUGGAGCAGCGGCGCAACAAGAUGAUCGAGCAGCGGUACGCCAUCAACAAGGCCAACAAGUUCCUGGCCUCGGACAUGGGCAGUGAGCUGCUUUACUCGGAGAGCACCAUGAUUAGUCUGGUGCAGGACGCCACCGUGGCCCCGGGGAACACGCAGCUAAACUAUGUAAUUGGCACCAUCCGGGCGGACAAGUUCUACAGCUUCGAGCUGCUGCUCUACAGGAUGUGCGGCUUCAAUCUGAUCAUCCGGUUUUCCGAGAUACCCACCCUCGUCACGGAGCACCACCGCGAGAAGCGGUCGGAGAAGGUGCGCAAGUUUACGCUUCUCAUGAUGGCCACCUCGGCGAUCAUCUGGACGAAGGUUCUCAAGAUCUGCGUCCACUACCAUGUCAACAUCUACGACUGUCCCCGGUCGUCCCGUUUGCGGGAGGAAAAGGUCCAGGAGCUGGCCAAAGAGGUCUCCAACAUUGAGAAGGUGCUGGCCGAGGCGAUGGCCAUGCGCCGCCAGAUCCUCGAGAUGGCGGCCCAGGAUCUCUUCAUAGUGCGGGUGAAUCUUCGUAAGGCGGCCAAGGUCUACGAUGUCAUGAAUCGUCUGAGAAUGGUUGGAGGCUUUGAGGCGCCUAGCUUCCUUUUAGCGGAAUGCUAUGUUCCAGCUGCUGAUGUCCAGGUGGUACGGCAAUCUCUGCGCAAUGCCUCCCGACUGAGCGGCGGGGCUGAGAAGAAGGAUCAGGGCAAAACCUCGCACCCAGAGUCGGAAAAGCAUCAUCCUCAACGCAACUCGUCGACACUUCAACGGGAUACAGAAUACGAUGAUGAUGAGAUGGAGACCGAACUCGCCAGCAUUGACUACAAGAAUAAGCAUGGUGUGGAAGAAAAUGAAAACGAUGUUGACGGGAAGGAUCUACCCAAGAUGUCCCCCCAUUGGGACAACGAUGACAACGAGCGGGAUACUUUCGACUUUGAGUUGAUAACCACGGAGGAGGUAUCCUCGCGCCCCAUCCUGAUGAAGAAAGUCCGCAUGGUGAAUCACAUGCCGCCGACCUACUUUCGGGUCAACAAGUUCACCCGGGGCUUCCAGAACCUGAUCGACGCCUACGGAAUUGCAGACUACAAGGAGCUGAAUCCAGCUCCCUACACCAUCAUCACGUUUCCCUUCCUAUUCGCCGUCAUGUUCGGAGAUGUCGGCCACGGCAUUUUGCUUGUCGUCUUCGCGGUGAUCCUGAUUUGGAACGAAAAGGCCAUCGAGAUCAACCAGAUAAGCGCCGUGUCGGAGAACGAGAUCCUCAACAUCCUAUUUGCCGGCCGGUACAUUGUCCUACUCAUGGGCUUUUUCUCCAUCUAUAUGGGCUUCAUCUACAACGACUGUAUGUCCAAGGCGGUAAAUCUAUUCGGCUCCAGCUGGAGCUGUCAGUUCAACCAGGAUACCGUCUCGGAUGCCAUGAGCCAGUUGAGUAUGGAUCCCUCGGACCCAGCCUUCUACUCCGGGGAUCCGUAUCCCUUCGGAUUGGACCCAGUAUGGCGCUAUUGUGGCCAGGAUUCUAUCACCACCACCAACUCCCUGAAGAUGAAGAUGGCCAUCAUCCUGGGCGUGAUGCAAAUGAUGUUCGGCCUGUUUCUGUCGGCUGCCAACUGCAUUCUGAUGGGCAAGAACGCCGAUCUCUUCCUGGUGGUCAUACCACAAAUCGUCUUCAUGACCUGCCUCUUCGGCUACCUGGUGUUCCUUAUCUUCUUCAAGUGGCUGGCCUUCGGGGGUCACAAGGCAGCGCCCAAUAACUCCAGUUGCGCCCCUUCGGUGCUCAUCCGCUUCAUCAACAUGAUGCUGAUGAAGCAGGUCGAGGCGGUGGACGACAAUUGCCUGCCCGACAUGUUUGUGGGCGAGAGGAUGGUGGAGUAUAUCCUGGUGGGUGUGGCCCUAGCGGCUGUUCCCAUCCUCUUAGCCGGCAAGCCGCUGUACCUUUUGCGACGCCGCAAGGUGCAGAAUGCGCGGGAGGAAAUGGAUAACCGGGGAUCCGACCGGAGAGUGCGGGAUCAGCGCCGGCAAACCAUCAAGGAGAUGCGCUCCAACGUGCACUACACCAACGAACUGAACGAAUCGAUCAGCGACUCUAGUCGGGCCCGGAUCGUGGUCACCGAGGAGGAAUUCGACAUGUCGGAGAUUUGGAUCCACUCGGCCAUUCACACCAUUGAAACGGUCCUGGGCUCCAUAUCGCACACCGCCUCCUACCUCCGGCUCUGGGCGCUCUCCCUGGCCCACGACCAGCUGAGCGAGGUUCUGUGGCACAUGAUCCUGGACGAGGGCCUGUCCCACAAGGGGUCUCUCUACGCCUCGGUGCCCAUCCUCACCGCCGCCUUCUUCUUCUGGGCCAUUCUCACCGUGGCCAUUCUGGUGAUGAUGGAGGGCCUCAGCGCCUUCCUCCACACCCUCCGCCUCCACUGGGUGGAGUUCCAGUCCAAGUUCUUUGGCGGCGCAGGGGAAAACUUCAAACCCUUUGCCUUCCCCCCAUCGAACCACCGGAGCUAGUUUUUAUUUUUAUUUUUUUGGUAUGCGCCGAGCCGAGUGCUUUAAAAUUUUGAAAUUUGUAUAUGGAUUACUAAUAUACAAGUGUGGAAAACGGA